CUCGGUCGAGUCUCAUCGCGAGCUCCUCCGCGCAGACUCGCUGUAUCCUCCCGAGUCCCGAGAGCCGAGCCAAGCCAAGCCGAGCCGAGCAUCCGUGCGCUCACACGGACACAUGCAGACCGCAGCCCGCGGAGCAGCCGCGGUUCGUGGGUGAUUCUUCCCUGUUCCCUGAGUCCGCUCCGUGGACGUGAAGUGACCGCAGCUCAGCGCGCGCUCUCCUCUCAUCUUCUCCGCUUCAUCCGCUGCCUCAGUCAGACACAAAAUGGCGGACAUGAUCGAGCUGGGACCCGCCUACGCCAUGUCCCCGGUGCUGGCGGGUUUCCUGGGAGCUGGGGUCCUGGUUUUGGUCGUGGUGGUUCUGGUUCUGCUCUGGUCCUUCUGUCAGCGGCGUUACCUGCGCAUCUCUGGACGCUACAAGUUGCAUGGUGACCGUUACUGCGACGCUGAAGACCCACCCUACAAGUUCAUCCACAUGCUGAAGGGCAUCAGCAUUUACCCAGAAUCCCUCAGCAGCAGCAAGAGAAUCGUACGUGGUAUUCGACGUGCUGACCGCUCCGACCGUGAUGGAGAGCGAGGCUGCGGCGCCACUGGAGGCGGGCGGGGCAUGGUGCUGGUGGACGCUGAGAACAACAUUCUGGAUGUACCGGGGCAGCUGCAGAUGAGUCACCUGGUUCCCCCCGCCGGCCCCGGCACCACCAUCGGCCAGGCACGGCUGGAGCGGGCCCUGCCAGUCCGUGCUGACUACUGCUGCCUGGACAGCAGCUCGGCCAGCAGCAGCCAGACCAGCAGCAAGACGGCGUCCCCCUUCACCCCGGCGUCCUCCGAGCCGGAACCGGAGCCCAGUCUGGGCACCAUCAGCCUCACCGUUGACUACAACUUCCCUAAGAAGGCCCUGGUGGUGACUAUCGUUGGGGCGCGGGGCCUCCCUGCCAUGGAUGAGCAGGCGGGCAGCUCUGACCCAUAUGUCAAAAUGACCAUCCUGCCAGAGAAGAAGCACCGGGUCAAGACCCGCGUGCUGAGGAAGACCCUGGACCCGCUGUUUGACGAGACCUUCACCUUCUACGGCGUGGCCUACAGCUCGCUGCCCGAGCUCACCCUGCACUUCCUUGUUCUCAGCUUCGACCGCUUUGCCCGCGAUGAUGUCAUCGGUGAAGCGGUGGUGCCGCUGAAGGGCGUAGACCCGAGCACGGGCCGAGUCCACCUGAGUCAGCAGAUCACUAAGAGGAACAUGCAGUGUGAGAGUCGUGGGGAGCUACUGGCGUCUCUGUCCUACCAGCCCGUGUCUCAUCGUCUCAGCGUUGUCGUGCUGAAGGCACGACACCUUCCCAAGAUGGACAUGACUGGCCUGUCGGCGAACCCAUACGUGAAGGUGAAUGUCUUCUAUGGACGUAAGCGUAUUGCCAAGAAGAAGACUCAUGUGAAGAAGUGCACGCUGAACCCGGUCUUUAACGAGUCCUUCAUCUACGACAUCCCCCCGGAACUUCUGCCCGAGAUCUCCAUGGAGUUCCUGGUGGUGGACUUCGACCGCACCACCAAGAACGAGGUGCUGGGCCGCCUGCUGCUCGGCCUCCACAGCCCUGCCCCCUCUGGCGCCUCCCACUGGAGGGAGGUGUGUGAAAACCCCCGCCGCCAGAUCUCCAAAUGGCACAACCUGAGCGAGUACUGAGCGAGCGGAGCCUCUGCCACGGAACGCCACGACAACAUACAGACUCUGUACAGCACACAAACACGCACACACACACACACACACACACACACACACACACACACA